CCCAAUGAGUAACAUAAACAGCCGUGCCUCUCGCAAGGCUUUCGUUUUCGGUCAAACAUUGCUAUCGAUUCAUAACUUUCCGAAAGAUGGCUGGUUUAGAGCUUUUGUAUAGCUGCGUAGCAGGCAAUAUUACCUGUCCACAAGACGUCGUCGUGUGUUUUGUUCACUGGGAAAUUGUAAAGAGUGGGUACAAAUGCCUUGGGUUAGGAGAUGAGCCUCGGAGUGGUGACAAGAAGUCGGAGUUGCUUCCUACAGGGUGGAAUGACAGCAAGGAAUUGUACACCCUGCGGUACAAGUCAAAUGAUGACAAGUCUAAUUUCUUGGUCAAAGCCAUCACUGUCGAUUCCACCUUGAUCUUCAACUUAAUGGACUCGGCCACUGAACAGGUGUCAGACCUGACAAUGAAUGUCAGUGAUUAUGUGGAUGCAGAUCAUUUGCAGACAUUUGAAAGUGUAUUCAAGAAUGCAGAAGAUUUGUCUCAGAAGGUGAAGAGCCAGCUCCUUCCCUCAGUGCCCGCGCCAAGAAAGGAAGAAAAGAGUAGCAGAGAGAAAUCCAAUGACUCCCAGCCGGACAGUGACCCUCUCCGCAUUCCCACAAGGCAUCCACAGAGCAGUAGGCAGCCUAACUGGCCAGACCCCAUGGCUCCUUUUGCUGCAGGUGGAGCCGAUCUGGAUCCCUUUGGUGGUCGUGGAGGAGGGAUGAUCGUGGACCCUUUGAGGGCUGGUUACCCCCGCUCAGGGUUUGACCCCUCUGGUGGGCUCCCUGGCAUCCUGCCGCCGGGAGCUGUGCCGCCCGGGGCCCGCUUUGACCCCUUUGGGCCUGUCGGAAGACACAGACCUGGGCCAGACCCAGAUCACAUGCCGCCGCCAGGCUACGAUGACAUGUUCAUGUAGAAGAAAAGGCACUCCUCCGCUCCUCACACUUCCUGGACCUGUGAGGAAUACACACUUAGACAGGCUCUGGAACUUUGGCAAAAAUAUAUAUUAUAAAAAUAAUAAUACCUCCCGCUUUGACACUUCCUGGCAGCUCAAUGUGUAGUUUGUUCAUGCGCAUGCAUGAUCUAUGUGCAGAAUUUGUUUUGCUUGAAUUAGCAACGAAAUCCCUAGUUUGAAAGUAACUGUUUUUCUGGAAGCUGUGUUUUGUCAUUUUCCCUCAUGUGGGCCAGCCCCUUAGCAAUUCGGUUUCAACCAAUGAGCUUCAGCCCUCGUCAUGCAAGUGACCGCUAGCAAGAUGCACAAACAGCAGAGUGAGAGAGAGCAAUAACGUGGUGCACAUAGGUGACACUACCUUCCGAACUACUGGGUUAAAAAGUAUACAAAAGUACUGGAGAAUCCCUUUUAAUAAAACUGUUUGACUAAUUUGUUCAGUGUGGAAUAAAGCUACCUUUUUUUUGGGGGGGGGCUUAUUUGUUGGGGUUCUAAUUUAAACAACAUUUUGGAGUUCAUAGUCAAAUGUCCAAGCAGCUAAUAUUUGUUUUGAUUUUCAAAUGCUGCUUGCAAAGACUGGCUUUUGCUGCUUGUCCCCAAAAGUAAAAUGUGAGAACCUGUCCAAAUUGUUUUACAAUCGAAGUCGUUCGGAAACACCUACAGCAUUAGAACUUAAUGAUUGAUCCAAGUUAUGUCUGCUACCCAACUUAACAUAAUAGUUUGCUUUUACUGACAUCUUAUUAAAAAUGUUUUUCAGACUUCACUGAUUUAUGUCCAGCAAAAUGUUGUAUUAAAAUAUUUAUUACAUUC